AUGGACUUCGCAGGCAAUAACGCCAUGGACUUCCAUCGCCCCUCCAGCACACUCAGCUCCGUCGACCGGAAACCCUCCGUCUUCUUCGACGACCAGAUCCUCGACACGCCCGUCCUCAUGUCGCCCACCACCAGCACACAGGGCAUCUUCUCGCCCGACACCUCCAUCUGGGAGGACUUCUCCAACCAGGGCCAGUUCAUCGACCGGACCGCCACCAGCUCCGUCGUCAACACCAACGCGAACAACCCCUUCUUCACCGAGCAGAGCAACAACCCCUUCGCCCGUCUGCCCCCCAACCAGGCCGCCAGCUACGGCCAGCAGACCUCCUGGCCCGUCCAGGAGCACUCCGGAUCCCAGACGCCCACUGCCUCGAAGCCCUUGAACCCCUUCGCCCCCUCAGAGUUUGGUGCCGCUCCACCGCCCUUUGUCUCCGACCCUCCCCAGCAGAUGCAGUUCCACGGACUCCCCGUCCAGAGCAACGUCCGGCCCAGCUCCGUCUUCCCCCAGGCAGGCCCCGAGCAACCGCUGUCGCCGCACACCAACUCGGAAUGGAUGGCGUUCAACCAGCAAGAGAUGGAUGCUCGACCAGGGCCCAAGCGUAUGAGGGCCAGCUCCCCGCCCCGCUCCUUCACUCCCCAGCGAGGCGGCGGCAUCAGGAAAAAGAACGCUCGCUUCGACAUCCCCUCGGAACGGAACCUCUUCAACAUCGACCAGCUCAUCCACAGCUGCACCGACGAGCAGGAGCUCAAGGAGCUGAAGCAACAAAAACGACUUCUCCGGAACAGGCAGGCCGCUCUUGAUUCCCGGCAACGCAAGAAGAAGCACACUGAAGAGCUUGAGGAAGAGAAGAAGACGUGGUCCGACAAGAUCUGCGGCCUGCAGGACGACUUCAACAACCUCCGGGUUGAGUAUGACCGUCUUCUCUCCGAAAAGGAGAAUUGGCACCGCGAGCAGAUGGAGAUGCACCAGCUCGUCAACCAGCUCCACUUCGACAAGGAGGAACUCGUCCGCACCCACACUCUUGAGACCGGGGAGCUCCGCAAGAAGGUCUCCGUCCUCACCGAAAGGCUUGAGUGUGCCACAAACAGCUCUGCUCCCAUGGCGCCCAGCUCUGCCUUCACGGACUUCACCUCCGACAUGGACAACCUGAACAUGAGCAACAGCGAGUGGGACAACUACAUCUUCGUCAAUGACUUUGAUGAGCAGACUCCUGGCCAACAACCCCAAGAGCAGUCCCUCGCUGUUGUGCCGCGUGCCAAGGAUGAGGAGAAGCCGGUCGCAUCCGGUCUUCUGCUUAUGCUGCUCCUCUGCGGCGCGUUUGUCGCCAGCAAGUCUUCCGGCUCUGCCGCCCCGCCGAUUCCGCGCAUGCCUGAUGAGGUCCGCGCCGCUUCUACCCAGGUGCUCGACAGCAUCUUCAAAGACGCUGGUGUCGCACCCACCGUUACUGAACAGGGUGUUGUCGCCAACCGCGUCUCCAUGGUAGAACCUGGCCCAUCCGGCAUGGCUUGGGCCAAGUCUGGUGACAUGGACGCGCUUACUGGAUCUGCUCUCGACCAACUGCAUACUCAGCUCACGUCGGCCAGCAAAGAACAGGAGCACGAACAACUCUUCUCCAUCACCCCAGCUCAGUACAACAGCAUGACUUCUAUGGACUUCACUCGCACCCGGUAUAGCAUCGCCAGCGACGACUUCAGUGAUCCCCUGUCGCCUGGCUCGCAACCAUCCCACCGCCGCAACCUCGCCGCCACCCUCGCUGCCAUGCGUGAGCAGAGCAAGGGUGACUCCGCCGCCGACAUCUACACGCGAAGCCUGCUCUGGGACAAGAUCUCUCCCGAAGUCGUCGUGGAGUUCAAGCGCAUGGUCGAAGAGUCUGCCGCUGCCUCCCGCCCCAGCACAUCCGACGGCAAGCCUUCCAAGGUUGAAACUGUCGGCUGA